UAGAUUUUUGUUAUCCUAGUGUUGCAAAACGAUUAUAUUAUUUGGGUAAACAAAACAUGGAAGAAGAAUUGGAAUUAAUGACAAACAAUUUAAACAAUGUCUUGUCCAAGUUAAAAACCUGCAAUGGAGCUGCCAGCCAGGAUUUACAAAGCCGCAGGGAGAAGCUGGCCAAAAUGAUCCGCCUGCACUUGAAAAAUGUACGCGUUACCGUAAUAACCCACAGGCGCAGAGCCCACCAAAAGGCCAGGAGGCGGCGCCGAAUGUUGCGGUCGUUUUUUAUGCAGAAAAUGUCAGAAAUGCAAGCCAACUACCUCGAAAUGUUUGCAAUGCUGCGCCUGAAGCAGGCCAGAGCCGAAGAAGAGGCAGACGAGGAGGAGCAGGAGGAGGACGAAUCAGCAGAGGAGCAGCAGCACUGCGAGGAUGGCGAAACUGCUGAAGUUCAGAUAGUGGAGACGCACAUGGAGCCAUCACAACUCUUCUUUGAGGACAUUAUUCCCGAACUGAGUGAGGAGGAGUUCCUCAAUACCCUGCACGUGAGCCGGGGCACCUUCGAGACCCUGUGCAAACAGUUGACGCCCAGCUUGCGGAAUAUGGAUGUACUGGCCCGGAGAGUUCCAGCAGUUGCGCCGGAAAAGUGCGUAGCACUCGCUCUGUACUUCCUGGCCAGCGGCACGCGACUCAGCCAAAUAGCCAUUGCAUUUUCGAUGGCUCGCAAUCGAACUAUCAAGUGUCUAAAGGCCUUCUGUAACGCCGUCAUGUCUACACUGGGAAGGGCUCUGCGCCAGUUGCCACAGAGUCGCGUCGAUUGCAACAGUGUCGCAAAGGGUUUCCAUCGCGAAAGCAAUAUGCCCGCCGCCCUGGUUGGAGUCCUUGGAGUCUGUUCGAUACCAAUUCGGGCCAGUGUAGAACCCAAGUCCAGGGGAACAGUGCUGCGCAUGGAGUACCUACUGGACGACAGGAUGCGUUUUCGGCAGCUUCAGCUGGGCUGUGGCAAGCCCCCAAGAAUGCCAUUGUUCUCGAUUACCCCAAAUAAACUCACCGCCUUGCCGAAUUUCUACAUCAAUUCCCAUCCCGUUCCUGCCUUCGUCCUGGCCCCAGUCGACCAAAACUAUCCCCUCAAGGCAUGGCUCCUGCAGCGAUACAAGGAGCCCACAGCUCCACACGAGCAUGACUUCAACGAGGUGGCCGAACAUCUGCACGAAAUGAGCGACUGUGCCCUGCACCGGCUGGUGUCCCGCUGGAACUUCCUCAACCAGCCGCUGGACAUAAGUUUCCACACCGCAUCCUGUAUCAUAACAGCCGCCGCCGUGCUCCACAACCUGUUGGAGGAACUCAGCGAACCGUACAUGCUGGAGUGGGGAAACUCUGUGGACGUGUCCAAGUUCAGAGCUAAGCCACUGGCAGGCAGAGGCGCCGAGGAGGAUGUGGCAGGGCUGGAGACUCGCGAUUUCAUAGCGCGAACCAUAAGUUCCACUGAAAUCUAAAUAAAUUCCAAUAGACUAAUCUUAGUUACAUUCCAAAAAUGUAUUUUUAUUUAUUGUUAGAUGUUUAAAAAAUGUAAGCACAUCUAGUACAGACGCUGGGGUGGUCCCAUGGAGGACUUGACGUGGAGGGAGCGCACGUUCUGCCAGUUCUUCUUCAACAGCGACA